UUUUCCUCUCUCAAACGAGUCUCUCUCUUACCUACAACACACCUAACCAAUUUACAGACAGGGAUCUUCUUCCUCGUCUAGGCACACCAAUACGCCAUGUCUUCUUCUUCUUCUUCUCCCUUCGAUCUCAUGUCCGCCAUCUUCAAAGGAGAACCAGUGGACGUCUCCGACCCGGCCAAUGCCUCAGCUUACGAGUCAGUCGCCGCGGAACUAACCUCUAUGCUCAUCGAGAAUCGUAACUUCGCCAUGAUUAUAACCAUUUCAAUAGCAGUUCUCAUUGGCUGCAUCGUCCUGCUCGUCUGGCGAAGAUCCAGCGCCAGGAACUCCAAACCCGCCGAGCCGCUUAAGCCGUUAGUGAUCAAACCGCCUCGGGAGGAUGAGGUUGACGAUGGUCGGAAGAAAGUGACCAUCUUUUUCGGAACACAGACAGGAACUGCCGAAGGUUUUGCUAAGGCUUUAGGAGAAGAAGCUAGAGCAAGAUACGAGAAGACUAAAUUUAAGAUUGUUGAUUUGGAUGAUUACGCGGCUGAUGAUGAUGAGUACGAGGAGAAGUUAAAGAAGGAGGACGUGGCUUUCUUCUUCUUAGCCACAUACGGAGAUGGUGAGCCUACAGAUAAUGCAGCGAGAUUCUACAAAUGGUUCACCGAGGGGAGUGACAGAGGAGAAUGGCUUAAGAACUUGAAGUACGGUGUGUUUGGUUUAGGAAACAGACAAUACGAACAUUUUAAUAAGGUUGCCAAAGUUGUAGAUGACAUCCUUGUUGAACAAGGUGCACAGCGUCUUGUACAUGUUGGUCUUGGAGAUGAUGAUCAGUGUAUUGAAGAUGACUUUACCGCAUGGAGAGAAGCAUUGUGGCCUGAACUGGAUACAUUACUGAGGGAAGAAGGUGAUACAGCUGUUACACCAUACACUGCAGCUGUGUUAGAGUACAGAGUUUAUAUUCACAGCUCCGAAGAUGCCUUGAGUGAGAAACACUUUGCCAACGGGAAUGGUCACGUCGUGUUUGAUGCUCAACAUCCUUACAGAGCAAAUGUAGCUGUGAGAAGGGAGCUUCACACACCAGAGUCUGACCGUUCAUGCACACAUUUGGAGUUUGACAUUGCCGGAAGUGGACUGACGUAUGAAACUGGAGAUCAUGUUGGUGUGCUUUGUGACAAUUUAAACGAAACCGUAGAGGAAGCGCUUAGGUUGCUGGACAUGUCACCUGAUACUUAUUUCUCCCUUCACUCUGAUAAAGAAGACGGCACGCCAAUCAGCAGCUCUCUUCCUCCUCCAUUCCCUCCUUGCAACUUGAGAACAGCGCUUACACGAUAUGCAUGUCUUUUGAGUUCUCCUAAGAAGUCAGCUUUGGUUGCUUUGGCAGCACAUGCAUCUGAUCCUACAGAAGCAGAGCGAUUAAAACACCUUGCUUCCCCUGCUGGAAAGGAUGAAUAUUCAAAGUGGAUAGUAGAGAGUCAAAGAAGUCUCCUGGAGGUGAUGGCUGAGUUUCCUUCAGCCAAGCCGCCACUAGGUGUCUUCUUUGCUGCAGUCGCUCCGAGGUUGCAGCCUAGGUUCUAUUCAAUAUCAUCAUCUCCCAAGAUUGGUGAAACAAGAAUCCACGUCACAUGUGCACUUGUCUAUGAGAAGAUGCCAACAGGGAGGAUUCACAAGGGAGUGUGCUCCACUUGGAUGAAGAGUGCUGUGCCUUAUGAGAAGAGUGAAAACUGUUCCUCAGCGCCUAUAUUUGUGAGGCAAUCAAACUCCAAGCUUCCUACGGAUUCCAAGGUACCGAUCAUCAUGAUUGGUCCAGGGACUGGAUUGGCUCCAUUCAGAGGUUUCCUUCAAGAAAGGCUUGCGUUGGUGGAGUCUGGUGUUGAACUUGGACCAUCAGUUUUGUUCUUUGGAUGUAGAAACCGCAGAAUGGAUUUCAUCUACGAGGAAGAGCUUCAGCGGUUUCUUGAGAGUGGUGCACUCUCGGAGCUAAGCGUGGCCUUCUCUCGUGAAGGACCUACCAAAGAAUAUGUACAGCACAAGAUGAUGGACAAGGCUUGUGAUAUAUGGAGCAUGAUCUCUCAAGGAGGUUAUGUAUAUGUUUGUGGUGACGCCAAAGGCAUGGCAAGAGACGUUCACAGGUCUCUCCACACAAUAGCACAAGAACAGGGAUCAAUGGAUUCAACAAAAGCAGAGAGUUUUGUGAAGAACUUGCAAAUGAGUGGAAGAUAUCUCAGAGAUGUAUGGUAACCAAGCACACACUCAUUGUGUAUUAUAUUGUAUAUGUAUACGGCACAGAGAUGCCAUAUCAAGAUGAUCAUUAAGUUUGUGAUCGCAGACGAAAUGAGUUUCUAUUUUUCUUUUCAUAUAUUUUGACAAAUUCUUUUUUUUUUUAAACUCUUGUUAUAUACAAAUAAAAUUUGCAUUAGGUGUGAGAUGGUGUAUUUGUGGAACAGUUAAGUAUGUACCUAUGAUAUGAAUAUUUUAUGUGGCAAGAAACAUUUUAGGAAAAAUAUUA